GGAUAGCUGAGCCGCGGGGCCGUGGCGCGCCUAGGGCGCAGGGACUCUCUCUCCAGCGUCGCCUCAGCUGCCUUGGCUGGCCACCUCUUGGUUGGGGCUCUGUGUACAUUUGUCUGGGCCAAGGGGGCCACCCUGGCUUCUCUCUGGCUCCGCGAGCCUGCGGAUCCACAACAAACCCACGUGCGCACAGCCCUGGGGAACACCGAUUUCUCCACAGCACAGUCAGUAUUGGGUGGGGUGGGGAGGCCGGUGCGCCUCGCAGAGUCCGGGUUCCUUCAAAUCCCACCUGCUUGCUGGGUUUACGGCUGGAGAAAUUGAGGCCCGCGGCAGCGGAGGGGGCACAGGCACCACAACAAACGCACGUGCGCCCUGCCCAGAGACCUGGACGCACCGCAAACCCUUAGGAGCCGCCCUGCGGUGCCGGGCCAUUGUCUCAGCCUCUGGGGAGGGAGUGGCUCUAGAGGCGCCACUUGCUGGAGGAGGGCGAGAGAGACAUUUAAAAGGUACCGCUUGGGCAUCAGACUAAACUGUCGGACUUAAAAAGGGAAAUCAAAACAAGAAUGCAGCUACGAAAAUGUUACCCCAGGCUGAGAGUCCGUCCCCGGCCGUGGCGCAUUCCUUUGGGUGAAGUGGACAACUCCUCACCUCCACCUCCUGGAGGUCUCUUAGAGAUGUGGAUAGGAUUAAGGGUCUAACGGUGCCCCUCAAAUAAAGAUCGUGCUGGACCUACUAUUGUGCCUGUGCUGACCUACUCCGGCGAUUGCCUCCGUGUGCAUAUUUUGGGCGCCUCCUCAGCCUGCGGGAAGAAGGGUCAAUGUACGCGUCACCCAGUGCGGUCUUGCGCUUUGCCUCUGAGGUCCGAGUCCGUGUGCCCAGACACCCCAGAUGUCACCAGCCCUUUUGGCUUGUUAGGCAUUUUCACAAGCAAGGCCAGCUGAGACCUGGUGUUCUAGCUGGGUGAAGGUAGAGCCAAUUGUGCAGAGCCCUGCAGCCAGCAGUCCAGGGAGAAGUGGUGAAUGUCAUGGAGCCCAGCUGAAAUGGACCGGCCCCCUUGAGCCUGACCCAAGCCCUGGUACCAGCUUUCCAUCCCAGUGCUGAGAACCUAGGUCACCGAGCUGGUGAUUACCAGUGCCUGAGGCGAAAGUACGUACUCCUGGGAGGAAGGGAGCCCAGGUCGAGGGGCAGAGGAUGGAGUGCUGCUCAGGAGACUGCCUCAUCAUGGAGCUUGCAUAUGACUGGCAGGGGACAUGGAGACGGAAGCAAGUAAACUAAUUCUUGCAAUUCAGUUGAGUAAGUGCUGUGCAUAGGAAGUGCAGAGGAAGAGCAGUGAUCUGAGGACGGGGAGUCAAGGAAGCUUCCUUAAGGAGAAGAGUAAGCUGCUAUGAACAACCGUGUUCAGAUUUUUGUAUGGACAUACAUUUUUGCUUCUCUGGGAUAAAUGCCUAGGAGUUCAAUUGCUAAGUUGCAAUGGUUUUGGGGACUUCAAUCUUGAGCUACACAUUAGACCUCAAUCUUCAGCUAUAAAUCAGACCUCAACGAUCAACUCUCUAUUUCCAAUUCUUCGGUCUCCAGGAGCCUCUAUUUCUUCAUCAGCAAAAUUGGGUGGUACUUAGGCUCCAAGAGCUUACAGCACACAUGCUUGAGUGGACCAUGGGUGAGCCGGAGAACCUGAAGUAGGCCCGAAGGCGAGAAGGCAACGGCGUUCCGUCUGUGGAAGGACCUCCCAACCAGGCGUGUUUUCCUGUUCGGAACAAAGUGGCUUCCCUGAACACAUCUUCAUUAUGAUUCACACCAACUUGAAGAAAAAGUUCAGCUGCUGUGUCCUGGUCUUUCUUCUGUUUGCUAUCAUCUGUGUGUGGAAGGAAAAGAAGAAAGGGAGUUACUAUGAUUCCCUUAAAUUGCAAACCAAGGAAAUCCAGGUGCUGAAGAGUCUGGGGAAAUUGGCCAUGAGGUCUGAUUCCCAGUCUGUAUCCUCAAGCAGCACCCAGGACCCCCACAAGGGCAGUCAGACCCUUGGCAGUUUCAGAGGCCCAGCCAAGGCCAAAGCAGACGCCUCCUUCCAGGUGUGGAACAAGGACAGCUCUUCCAAAAACCUUAUCCCUAGGCUGCAAAAGAUCUGGAGGAAUUACCUAAACAUGAACAAGUACAGAGUGUCCUACAAGGGGCCAGGACCCGGCAUCAAGUUCAGUGCAGAGGCCCUGCUCUGCCACCUCCGGGACCACGUGAACGUAUCCAUGGUAGAGGCCACAGAUUUUCCCUUCAAUACCUCUGAAUGGGAGGGUUACCUGCCCAAGGAGAGCAUUAGGACCAAGGCUGGGCCUUGGGGCAGGUGUGCUGUUGUCUCAUCAGCAGGAUCUCUGAAGUCCUCCCAACUAGGCAGAGAAAUAGAUGAUCAUGAUGCAGUCCUGAGGUUUAAUGGGGCACCCACAGCCAACUUCCAACAAGAUGUGGGCACAAAAACUACGAUUCGCCUGAUGAACUCUCAGUUGGUCACCACAGAGCGGCGUUUCCUCACAGACCGUUUGUACAAUGAAGGACUCCUAAUUGUAUGGGACCCAUCUGUGUACCAUUCGGAUAUCCCGAAGUGGUACCAGAAUCCGGAUUAUAAUUUCUUUAAUAACUACAAGAGUUAUCGUAAGCUGCACCCCAAUCAGCCCUUUUACAUCCUCAAACCCCAGAUGCCUUGGGAGCUAUGGGACAUUCUGCAGGAAAUCUCCCCAGAAGAGAUUCAGCCAAAUCCCCCAUCCUCUGGGAUGCUCGGUAUCAUCAUUAUGAUGACAUUGUGUGACCAGGUGGAUAUUUACGAGUUCCUUCCAUCAAAGCGCAGGACCGACGUGUGCUACUACUACCAGAAGUUCUUUGAUACUGCUUGCACGAUGGGCGCCUACCACCCGCUGCUCUAUGAGAAGAAUUUGGUGAAGCAUCUCAACAAGGGCACAGAUGAGGAUAUCUACCUGUUUGGAAAGACCACACUGCCUGGCUUCCGGACCAUUCACUGCUAAGCACAGCCUUCUCACUCUUCUCCAUCAGGCACUGAAUGGAUGGUCUUUGGCCACCUCAGCCUGGGAAGACCAUUUACCUGAACAAUUCCAGCCUGCUCCUUUUACUCUAGGGGCCUCUGUCAGCAAGAGCACUGGGGCUUCAGGAGCCUGUGAUCAAGAAAUCAGGUCCAGCCUUCCCUGUGGCCAGUUUAUGAGCCCAGAGCCUCCUCCCACACACAUGCACACAUACCUAGCAUUCUUUCCAGACAGCAUCCCCCCCACCUUCCACCGUGGUAGAUGCAAAGUCUACCUCUCCCAUCAGGGAUGCCAAAGCUGGGCUUCAUUUUUCCCAACAGAAUUAUGCCAUUCUCACAGACUAAUGCUCUAUAUUGCUUGAAAUCUGCAUCUAAAUAUUGAUUUCAUGUUUUAAAGAAAUUCUCCCAAAUUACAAUUGUGCCCAAUGCAGGGUGGCUCUGGGGGGCAGGUAGGUGGUACAGGGGAUUGGAAACAUGCUCAACUCCUUCAGAACAAAGUUGCUCCCAAGGUCCAUGCCCCUGGAACAUGUUCCUAUCACUCUGGCUGGUUGGGCUGGUCCUUAGACUGGGUGCUUGUGAGCAAAGUGUCUUGACUAGUCCUCUUUCUCUCCAUGUAGAGAUGGAAGCUACGGAAGGAUACAGUCUCUGUCCUCAAGUUGCUCCCGUUCAGUGAGAGAGACAGACAUCUGAACAGGCAGGUAGGAUUCAGUGUGCUCAGCGCACUGGGGACUGGUAGAGAGAUGAGCUUGCUCUCUGAGCACCCAGGAGGGCCACACACUUACACUGUGUUUGUGGAUCAGAGAAGACCUUGUAAUACCAGGGGCAUUCAAAUGAGUCUUAGAGGGAGAGAAGAAGCUUGGCAAGCAGAUUACAUCUGAGUCAUUUGAGUUGUGUUUUUUUCUUCCCAUAUUUACUCUCUAAGAUCUACCUAAACUUAGAGACUCAAGAAAUUUUUUUGAGGAAACCUCCUACCCACGUCUGAGGUAACAAAAUGCAGCCUCACGACAGAUACCAGGUAAUCCAGAUCCCCAAAACCUGAUUUCUUCAGGCUCGGCCGGGCCUGACCCUAUCCUACCAGCUGGGUUUGCACACCAUACUCCCACUCUUCCUUUUUAAUACCUACCCCCAAAUCUCCUCCUAACCACCAUCUGUUUUUUUUUUUCCUUUUCAAAUCAUCUUCCCCUCCCAAAUUUCUUUUAAGCAUUUUUUUUUUGCUUUAAAAGCAUUGUGACCCCAAUUUAUUUGAGCUCAUGGGCCUUUGCAUGUCUCUCAGGGAGUAGUGGUGUGGCUCCCCAGACUUAUGUCACCCUCAGAGGUCAGAACCCUGGAGAUUGUAACUGAUUCUCAUCAGGUGUGAGAAAUGUGAUAUCAGAUUGCAAUGCCCUGCACUACUUCUUUGCAAGAAAGCAACAUCAGGGGAUCUGGGCAGAGGCUGGCCCACUGAGGUUUGCAAACAUGCUCUCCAGAUGGUUUUCCUAAGUCCCCUCUCCCUGAUAGGAAAUCAUACUGGACCCAUGCAGUCUCUGGUGUGGAGCAGUUAAAAGACUUGCACAAAAUCACCAAGUCAUACUGUAGAGCCAGGAUUCCUACACCCAGGCCUCUGGACUCUCAAGUCUGGCCCCAUGUGCUCAAGGGGAUCUAAUGUUUGGGCUCCACACCAACCAUCUUGGAGCUGGGAUCCUCACUUACUACCAAACCCUCAGCUUAUAUAGCUAGAAAGGCCUUGAUUUUCGAAUUGAUGCUCCCCUACUGACUAGCUAUGCCACUCUGGGCAAAUGCUCUUUCUUGAGCCUCUGUUUUCACAUUUGUAAAGUGGGGAUGAUGAUCCUAUCUCACAGUGCUGUGGUGAGGGUGACAGGAAAGCACCUGUCCUGGCUCUGCACCUGGCACAUAGUAGGUGCUCAGUACAUGCAGGUUUCCUUCCUGCCUUCAGUAGGGACCUGCUCUGUGUUCACACCUGAGCUGCAUGCACCCUGCUGUGACUGAGGCUAGCGGGGAAGAGGUCCUGUCCUCAGGGAAUUAACUGUCAUAUUGGGAGAUAACAACAACCCUCCUUGGAACACCCAAGAAACCAUGCAAAGCAGUGGACAGCACAGAACAUGCCCCUCCUCCUCGCUGCCCGCAGCUCCAGUCUGACUCUGCUUAGGAUGGGCAGAGCACGUGGGCUGCUUCACUGCUGUAUAGGACAAGUCCUUUACCCCUCUCUGGGCCCGUGAACUCCUGGCUUGGUUUAUGUUCUCAUAUGACAUGCUGAUUUUAAUCUUCGAAUCAUGACCACUGAGUGCCGAGGAGGUACCAUUCUGACAGCUGGACAUCCAUGUUGGUGUGGAGACUGAGAUGACACUGGGUAGAAUCUAGUUUUUAAUUAUUAAUAUGAAGGAUUGAAUUAAUUUAAAUAUAAUUCUGAAGUCUACAGAACUUUUAGUUCUGUGCUAUCUAUAUGUGGACACUUUGGUAAAAUGCAGAUUUGAGAUGGAUGUUAUUGAUGGUCUGGUGAGAUGUUUCAUAUUUUUGACAGUUAAUUUAAAAAUUAUGACUGAAUGCUUCCUCUGUCUAUGGGAUUCUGUCUUCUUUGAUAGCCAUUUAUUCAUCUGCAUCAUGGGGCCCUCUCUAAUCCUUCCACCAAUCAAAUAAGCUAUUGCUAUUGGUUUAGAGUUGAGACAUCAGUCUCAGAAACCUCUGAAACAUGCCUAAGCUAAUUCUGAAUUACACAAGGAUUAUGUCAAAUUUUAAAAUAAAUGUGUGUGUGUGUUUUUAAA